CAGUCUCAUCCCAUCGGCUAAAACCGUCUCUAUAUAAAUUGCCGCCGUGCGCGCUCCCGCUCUGACGCCGUCCGCCGCGCUCGCACCCUCCUCCCUUUCUCCUGUCCCCGGCCUCGCGCACGCGCAGUGUCUCUGUUUUGUGUGUGUGUGUGUUGUGGUUUUUUUUUUUUUUUUUUUUUAUCUUCCUCCCUGUGGGGCUGAGGGGCGGCCGCGCGCUGGGCACGGUAACGGCUGGGAGAGCUCUGACCGGGGGGAGGAGGCGGCGACGGCGGAGGAUACCGGGCAUUCACCUCACAGGAGCACCGCGGCGGGGGCCGAGCAGAGAUGAGGCAACAUUCAGAAGGUAAUAACUGACAUGGUGAUCCCUACAGAAGGACUGCAGUGAGCCACUGUUGGAAAUGAGCCGUCAGACCGCUGCAGCCAUCCCAACUGGUACUUCAAAGUGUCCACCUUCCCAGCGUGUGCCAGCUCUGACUGGAACAACGGCUUCAAACAAUGACUUGGCGAGCCUCUUUGAAUGCCCCGUGUGCUUUGACUAUGUUUUACCACCUAUUCUUCAAUGUCAGAGUGGACAUCUGGUGUGCAGCAACUGCCGCCCGAAACUCACAUGUUGCCCCACGUGCAGGGGCCCCCUGGGAUCCAUCCGGAACCUGGCAAUGGAAAAAGUUGCCAACUCUGUCCUCUUCCCCUGCAAAUACGCUUCUUCCGGCUGCGAGGUAACUUUGCCGCACACCGAGAAAGCAGACCAUGAGGAGCUGUGCGAGUUCCGACCGUACUCCUGUCCCUGCCCAGGGGCUUCUUGUAAAUGGCAGGGCUCCUUGGAUGCGGUGAUGCCACACCUUAUGCACCAGCACAAAUCCAUAACUACAUUACAAGGAGAGGAUAUAGUGUUUCUUGCCACAGACAUUAACCUUCCUGGAGCUGUGGAUUGGGUCAUGAUGCAGUCUUGUUUUGGAUUUCAUUUUAUGCUGGUCUUGGAGAAACAGGAAAAAUACGACGGUCACCAACAGUUCUUUGCAAUUGUACAGCUAAUAGGGACACGCAAGCAGGCGGAAAACUUUGCUUACCGACUGGAGCUAAAUGGUCACCGGCGACGCUUGACUUGGGAAGCGACUCCUCGCUCUAUUCACGAGGGUAUUGCAACCGCCAUAAUGAACAGCGACUGUCUGGUGUUUGACACGAGCAUUGCACAGCUCUUUGCGGAAAACGGCAAUUUAGGGAUAAAUGUGACAAUCUCCAUGUGUUAGAAUGGCAAUGGCAGACCUCCAGGCCAGUGUUUAAAGGCUUUUUUUGCUUUAUAUUUCACGUAUUACAGUUACUAUGGACCUAUCGCAGCCGGCCGUGGACUGGGGCGUGGAUGUGUGGCCAAGAGAACAGUAACUUGAAGUACAGGAAAACCGCUGCAUGUAAAACAAAAACACUAAUAUUUAAAAAUCAACCACUGAAAAAAUAAACGUAUAGACCCUGUACCCGGGCAUUUUUUUUUUUAUAUAUAUAUUAUUCAAAAAAGUUUUGAAGAGAAAAAAAAACAGUAAAAUAACCCUGAAUUAAUUUGUGUUGGUAGUUUGUACAGUGAAAUACUGUCUGUUUCCUUUCCCUUUACCUGUUGAUGGACAAGCCAUUCUGCGUGGCCCUGUGGCUGCUGCGUUCCUCAUCUGUACGUCACUAUAUAGAAUUGCUGCUGUUUGUGUACAUUUUCUGUGUAUUGCUAACUUUUAUUAACUUAGUUUUUCACUCAAUAAAUUUGACUUUUCCGUAAUGAAGUAAAUAUUUCCCAAAAACACUAUAUAUAUAUAUAUAUAUAUAUAUAUAUAUAUAUAUAUAUAUAUAUAUAUAUAUAUAUAUAUUCCCCCCCCCCCCCCCCCCCCCGUUUUCAGUCAUUAAAGGGUUCCCUAAGAAAGCAUUGUUUUUACUUGGUGGUUGGAAUUUACCAUGAUUGAUCCGACCAAAUGCUUGAGUCUCUGCCUUUUUGCUGAGAAAAAAUGACUAGGGCCCUAUCUAACUUACUGUCUGAAAUAUUAGUUGCAAUUUUUUUUUUUUUUUACUUUAGUGGGUGUGUCGCAUGCACCCAAGGCUGUCACUCUGUGCUUUGAACCAAUAACAUGGCUAGGAAUUGAUGUCACUCUCCCAUUUGGCUUGGUCCAGUCCAUAAGAUGGCUGCCCUCCCAGCGUGUAGCCGAUGGGUACACUACGUAACUGAAGAUUGCCCUUUCUGCUAAAAAAAAAAAAAAAAAGAGCUAGCUUUGUGUCCUACAGAUGAGAUUGUACGUCCUGCGCCUCGUUUGUUUCUGAUGGUUAGAGAGGUAUCAGAGAAUGGCUUUAAAGAGACGUGAAAGAUUUUGGUGCAGAAGGGUGUGUUUUGUAGUGCAAAACUCCAUUGUCUGACAAGUGUACCUGAAAACAAAUAUUGUUAAUGAGUAGUCUCAAAAUGAGAUGUUCUCCAUCUUUUUAUAAUUGUCAUUAAAAUAAUACUUGGUAAAAGA